UGUUCCCUCAGCGCCCGGCGCCGCCAGUGGAGCGGCCCCGCAUGGCGCGGGCAGCGCGGGCCCUGGCGCUGGCGCGGGUGGCGGAGGGAGCGGCGGGAGCGGCACCGGGACCGGGUCACGGUAACGCCCGCCUGGUGCUGCUGCCGCUGCCGCCCGGCGGCACGGCCCGGCCCAACCCUCACGGUGCGCACGGAGAGCCAGCGGAGGGCGGCGGAAGGCCCCGGAUCGGGCUGGACUCGGCCGCAGCGGAGGGCGGAGGCUCUGGCCGGUGCCCCGCUGACACCCGGUGCCGCACAGGCUGGAGGGAGGCGGUGUCAGCUGCCGCCGGUGCCCUGCGGGCGGGCGGGCUGGUGGCCGUGCCCACGGACACGGUGUACGGCGUGGCCUGCCUGGCCCAGGACUCGGCCGCYGUGCGCAGCAUCUACAGCCUGAAGGGAAGGAACGGCGCCAAGCCGCUCGCCAUCUGCCUCGGGGACGUGGAGCGGCUCUACAGGNNNUGCCACGUCAAUGUUCCAGACAAGUUAUUGCGGGACCUGCUCCCUGGACCAGUGACUCUGGUCUUGCAGCGUUCAGAAGAGCUCAAUAAAGACUUGAAUCCAUUCACAUCGCUGGUUGGUGUUCGCAUUCCAAACCACCCRUUCAUGAGAGACCUGGCACGAGCCUGCUCGGGGCCGCUGGCUUUGACAAGCGCCAAYAUCAGCUCCCAGGGCAGCACCCUGACCGUGUUGGAAUUCCAGGAGUUGUGGCCUCAGCUGUCCUUGAUCAUCGAUGGAGGCCCCAUAGGAGACAUCCAGAGCCCAGAGUGUCGCUUGGGAUCGACUGUGGUUGACUURUCUGUGUCAGGGAAAUUCUCCAUCAUCCGGCCUGGCUGUGCACUGACACCCACRGUUGAAAUCCUGAAGAAGUAUGGCUUGGUAGCAGAAUCUUCCUAACCCUUGGGACUAGGAGCUGGUGGAGCUGGGCACUGUGUGCCUGUGCACUCAGGAGUGUGUGAUUAUGGCCUUGUUUAAUAAGGUCGAUGGGUUAUAUCAAGGUAAAUAAAAAAAAAGUUUUAAAAAAACCCUAGAAAACCCUUUCUGACCUCUUUGUGUUGCUGUACCUUUCCCAAAUGUGUGUUCUGUUAUCCUGGUCAGGCUUUGUGAAUACAGUGAUUAUGAAAAUUAAACUACCCUACCCUAAUGCCCUACCCAUUUCUGAGUGCUCAUUCCAUGCCAUCUGCACUUGAAGGAAAGCAAACAUGGGAUAGAGGGGUUUGGAGCUUUGAGGGUGUUACAGCUGUGGUGUUCUCUGUCUGCUGUUUUCUGUUCUAAACGUGAUCAAAGCCUACUACUGAGAUGAAACUGUCACUGCUUCUGAAAAUUUGCAGUAUUCAGAUAACCUGGGCCAGAGCUGCUCAGAACAACCUGCUUCCACCUAAUGCAGAGAAUGAAACAAGCUCUUGKCAUGAUGAUCUUCCUUCAUUUAAAUGUGGAAUUCUCUCUUGAUUUUGCUCUGAAGUGGUGAUAAGCUGAAGUAAACAGGGAAUGGAUG